GUCAAGUUUAAGUCUACUUGUAUUUCAUAUCGAAGUUUUAUCCUGUAGAAAUAUGUUAAUGUUAUGCAAUACUACUUUAACAAGAUUGUAUUGUUUCACAGUGCAAAAAAGAAAGGAAAAGAGGAGUGAGCUUAUUCAUUGUUUCUCUGAAGUGUGUUACAAUAACCGGUAAAUCCUGAUUGAAAGAAGUGAUUACAACUUUUUAAUACGACAGACAGGACGGUUAAUCAUCAUUCAUAACUCAGUUUGGUUUGUGAUCGUUGGCUUUUUGUGUUUGCUUUAAAAAAUGGAUACUUAUAGUAAAUAAAAAUGGAGGUUUCACGAAAGAGGGAAGGCAAUUUUUCGAGGAAAAGUGAAUGUUUAGGAUGUACACCUUGUUCGCAAGACAGAAAGUACGAGAAACCGGAAGCUUUCUGUACCAGCUGUGAAGAAUUUCUUUGUUUUGUUUGUGCAAAAGUCCAUAGGAACCAAAGAAUAACAAGACAUCACGCUCUUCUAGAAAAUUCCGAAAUGCCUAGCUCCAUUGUUUCAGAUUUUUCCAACGAAGGUAUUUGUACUGAAAUAUGCAGUGGGCACCCGAGCGAAUUCGUGAAAUACUACUGCACGUCCCAUCUGGCAUUUCUGUGUGGCGACUGCGUAAUUAGAGAACAUAGGAAUUGCGAGGUUGAACACAUUCCAAAUGCUUGCAAGGAUUAUAGAAAUGGAGUGGAAUAUACGUCAAUUGUCGGAGAUAUCACAACAUUAGAUUAUGAGUUCAAAUAUUUUAAAAGUGCUCUUGAAAAGUCCAUCCACUCUGCUCAGCACCUUGGAGCACAGCAGAAACAAGCUAUACAAGAUUACAAGUUCAAUUUAUUUAAACGUAUUGAACAAAGCGAAUGUAAACUUAUUGACAAGAUAGAAGAAAUUAAAACAAAAGACGAGACGCGAUUAACAACUAUGAAAGCAAGAAUUCCGGGUGUAUUAAGUUCAAUUAAUUCAAUUAAGUCUACACUUCAUUCUAAGAAUGUUAACAGUUCCCAGCUAUAUGUUGAAGCUAAACGCGCAAAGCAAGAAGUUGCCAAGUUACGUUUAGCAUUAGAUAGAAUGAACAAAGAAAACACAAUACAGAAAUACCGAUUCAAAGGGGACAUAUUGUCAGAGAGUAUGCUUGCAACAAACAACGCGUUAGGAUCGAUUAAAGAAGAUGAUAAUGACGAUGAUGCUCUUACUGACACUACGGAUCAUGAUUUGAUCACAGGUACGUGUAUGCCGACACUUCACGUUUAAUCGAUGCACAUGAAAACCUGAAAUCCGUCUUUGUAUACACUGAUUGUGAUGACGCGAAAGAUUUUUGUGGUCAACUUUUGCCUUUUGUAAAAAAACUGCCUGGUAUCAACGCAAGUAUCCCAUCCGACUGGUCGUUUUGCUGUCUGAAUAGUCUACAGGUCCUUCCAAACGAUAGGCUUUUAGCCACAGAUCAGGAAAAUGCAUGUAUAAAGUUAUUCAAUACCAAGACUAACCUUUUUAUGUCACAUCUCAAACUCGCUGGAAAACCAUCGGAUUCGUGCAUAGUACCAAGUCACAGAGUUGCUGUAACUUUGCCGAUGGAAAGACAGAUACAUAUUGUGGACACACAAGAAGAACUAAUUUUAGUGGAUAGAUUUACUGUAAAUGGGUCUUGUCGGGGAAUUGCAUAUUAUGAUGAACGAUUUAUCGUCUCAUAUACGGAACUGCCAAGAGUAGAAAUACUUGAUGUGAACGGAGAAACACUAGAAAUUGUUUCGAACGCUAGUUUGCAUUCACAAAUAUUCCAAUACCCUAACCAUUUAAGGGUUGAAACAGGAUAUAAUCAGUCGUUUAUAUACGUAUCUGAUCAAAAGGCAAACAUGAUUAUAAAGCUAAACAUGUCUCUUCAAGUUAUCAACACAUUCUCCGGUGAAAGUCUACGUGCCCAAGGUAAUAUAUGCGGAGCUGGAGAGAAUAUUCUUUUGGUUUGUGCGACGAAAAAUAACGGCAUCGUUGCUCUCGAAACAAAGAGUGGAAACAUGAAAACAAUUUUUGGACAAAAUGACGAAAUUGCAAAGCCUAUUGCUACGUGUGUUUGUUGCGAACAUAAUCGGAUUUUUAUCAGCAACGAUGAACGUGGGAAAAGUGACAUAAUACUAGUAUUCGAGGGGAAAUUGAAGAAAUCGACAGAAUGUAGCCAUGGUUAAAUAUUUUGAUGAUAAACAAAAGGAGCAAUCCUUCGGAACAUGAUUCAAAACACAACCGAAGUAUAAAAAUAACCGAUAAUGUGUAUUAAUACGAAUCGUUUGUGGCGCGAUGGCAACACUCAAGACCAUCGGUUCAAGCGGUAUCUUUUUGAAAUGACCGCAAGAAAGACAGAACUAGCAAUUCCAUGCAAUAUGAACCAAGUACAUGCCUUUUUGACAUUAUAUGCCAUUAUACCAUAUAAUUGUAUGUGUUUAAUGCCUGGUUAAGACUAUUGCAUUGGUCUUUAGCAAUCCUUCAUAAGCGAUACUGUUAAGGCUUUAGUUGUUCAGUUAUUCGUAUUACACUCGAUAAGGUGUUGAUGUUGAUAAGAGCGUUAUGUUUGUUAUUAAUGGAAUUGUUUACCAACAUGAAAAUAUUGAUACAAAUACUUUCAUUUAGUGGAGAGUAAUCUUUGAACUGUACGGUAUAAUCUCAUGCUUUUAUUUGUUUCGUGUCAGCCAACCAAUUAACAGCUUUAUUAUUUCGCUCAUUCAGCCAUGAUUGUAUUUUUUGGCAUGGCCAUCUAAAGAAAUUAAAAACAGCUACAAUUUCUAUAUCAACUUAUUGUUAUUCCAAAGGUCAGGGAAUUAAUUAAAUUUACAUCUUUUCACUUUGUUUUACUCAUAAGACGGCUACUUUAUUGUUUACUUGUGUUGAUACAUGUACAUGUUCUUGCAAUAUAAUAUAUAUGAUAUGUUUGUUACCAUAUGAAAUUUGCAGUAUUCUGUGUGUCUAGUCACUACACUUUUAUUGGUUUUCCUAUACUAUAAAACAC